AUCAAUGAAUACAACACUCUCUCUUUAUUUCUCUUCCUAUAAAUACAACAUCUCUUCCUCUCACCAUAUCACUCAUCAUCCACAUAUUUUAGAUACAUUAAAAUAUGUAUUCUUCGUCUCAUAACAUGAAAAUAUACUCGGUUUUCUUCACUGUCAUUCUACUCACACAGGCUUUAGGGGAGGCUUUGCACUUGGACGACACUGAUAAUUCCGCGACUCAAGUAAAUGAAGUCAUCACGGGAGACCUUCAACAAAGCAGCCAUCCUCCUCCAACAAUAAAUUGUGGUUAUGCAUGCUCAAGAAGAUGUAGGGAAGCGUCAAGACAGAAAAUGUGCAACAGGGCAUGCAAGACCUGCUGCCAGAGAUGCAAUUGCGUCCCCCCCGGAACUUACGGCAAUCACCAACUUUGCCCGUGCUAUGCCCUCCUUAAGACUCAUCACAACCGCCCCAAGUGCCCAUAAUUACUUCUUAUAUGAUCUACUUGUGCUACACACAACACACACAUGUCGAAUCCAUCUCAAAUAAGAUAUACUGUCGUAUUUUCCAAAAAGAUCAUUGAAGUUAUCAAUUCAAGUUGGGUUAUAUGAGCUUCAAUGAAGGGGUCAGUUUGGUAUGUUACAUAUUGUGUCAACAUAUGUAUACUUUUAAUAAAAGAAUCAUUUCCAUAUUGUGAUAUUG